AUGCCUGGAAGCUCGCGAAUGCCGGUUAGUCUGCGCAAUUCAUUGUCCUUGAAGAAAGGAGGAUCGAAUUCGCAGUUACUGGCGUUGAAUAUUGACUUAUUUCGAAAUAUCAUAUUCUUCCUGUUUCUCCUGCGAUGGACGAGAAAAGCGCUGUUGAAGUUAAAGGGAAGAGGGAUCUUUGGGACGGUCGCUGAUACAUAUAUCUCCAUCCGCCGAACACUAUAUGGACUUUUCCUGCGCGCACCCGGAGUACGAUCACAAGUCCAGAAACAGGUCUCCGAAGCUAUUGUAAAGUUACAAAUGAAACUUGUGCCGUCUGGACCAGGCGUUGUGCGACAUUUAACGCUGCCGAAAGAGGGAUGGAGUGAGGAUACGGUACUCAAGGAACUGGAAGCUUUGGCGACGAUGGAUCAUACGAGAUGGGAGGAUGGUUUCGUUUCUGGUGCUGUGUAUCAUGGUGGAGAUGAGUUGAUCAAGUUGCAAACGGUUGCGUUUGGCAAGUUUACGGUUGCGAAUCCGAUUCAUCCUGAUGUAUUCCCUGGAGUGAGGAAGAUGGAGGCGGAGGUUGUUGCGAUGGUUUUGGCACUUUUUAAUGCGCCUCCUGGUGCGGCUGGUGCUUCUACGAGUGGUGGGACCGAGUCAAUUUUGAUGGCUUGUUUGAGUGCUAGGAAUAAGGCUUAUAAGGAAAGGGGUGUUACUGAGCCAGAGAUGAUCCUUCCGGAAACAGGUCACACAGCUUUCCGCAAAGCAGGCGAAUACUUCGGAAUCAAAGUCCAUCUCGUCGCCUGCCCCGCACCAAACUAUCAAGUUUCCAUUCCCGCAGUCUCCCGUCUAAUUAACAGCAACACCGUCCUCCUCGUCGGAUCUUCCCCCAACUUUCCCCACGGCAUCAUAGACGACAUCUCCGCCCUCUCCAAGCUCGCCGUCAAACGCAAAAUUCCCCUUCACGUAGAUUGCUGUCUUGGUUCCUUCCUCGUUCCCUUCCUCGAAAAAGCCGGCUUUGAAUCCACCCUCUUCGACUUCCGUCUCAAAGGCGUAACCUCCAUCUCCUGCGACACACAUAAAUACGGCUUCGCUCCCAAAGGAAACAGCACCGUCCUCUACCGCACCGCCGCCCUCCGCGCCUACCAAUACUUCAUCUCCCCCGACUGGUCUGGCGGCGUUUACGCCUCCCCAUCUAUCGCGGGAUCCCGCCCUGGCGCCCUCAUCGCCGGUUGCUGGGCCUCCCUCAUGAGCGUAGGCGAAACGGGAUAUAUAGACUCCUGCCACCAAAUCGUCGGCGCGGCGAAGAAAAUCGCUGAACAGAUCGCCACGAACCCUGCGCUAAACGCGGAUCUCGAAAUCAUGGGUAAACCACUCGUUUCCGUCGUAGCGUUCACGUCUAAAACGCUUGAUAUCUACGAUAUCGCUGAUGCCAUGUCCGGAAAAGGAUGGCAUCUGAAUUCGCUGCAGGAUCCACCCGCCAUCCAUGUCGCUGUCACCCUGCCGAUUGUCAAGGUCUGGGAGAAGCUGGUUAAGGAUCUUGAGUCGGUGGUUGAGGGCGAGAAGGAAAAGGAACGCGUGAGGAUUGUGGAGGGGAAGGGUGCGAAGGGGAAGAGUGUUGGGGAUAGUGCCGCGUUAUAUGGUGUUGCGGGGAGCUUGCCUAACAAGAGUGUGGUGGUGGAGCUGGCGAGUGGGUUUUUGGAUACGUUGUAUAAAGCUUAG